UCCGUGGUGGAUCUGACGUCAGAUCUCGCUUUCAUAAACUCUCCCCCUGCCCCCCCUCCCGGGCCUGAGGACGGCUCUCUGCUGCUCCUGAUGGGCCGGGCCAGUCUGGGCCCAGCUCCCGGGAGAGAGAGGUGGCUGCAUCCUCUGGGUGAUCGGUGGCGCCUUGGCCACUGACCUCCAGGCAUGAGGUGGUUCCUACCCUGGACGCUGGCAGCACUGAUGGUUGUGGCAGGCAGCAUCCUGGCCACGGCCUUUACUCCAACCUCCACAACCACGGCUCUCACCUCAAUGCCACUGGAAGACGCAACGGCACGCCCCGAAUUCUGCAAGUGGCCGUGCGAGUGCCCGCCGUCCCCACCCCGCUGCCCACUGGGCGUCAGCCUGAUCACAGAUGGCUGUGAAUGCUGUAAGAUAUGUGCCCAGCAGCUUGGGGACAACUGCACAGAGGCUGCCAUCUGUGACCCCCACCGGGGCCUCUACUGUGACUACAGUGGGGACCGCCCGAGGUACGCAAUAGGAGUGUGUGCACAGGUGGUCGGCGUGGGCUGCAUCCUGGAUGGUGUGCGCUACACCAACGGCGAGUCCUUCCAACCCAGCUGUCGGUACAACUGCACCUGCAUCGACGGCACGGUGGGCUGCACGCCGCUGUGCCCGCACACGCGCCCCCCGCGCCUCUGGUGCCGCCAGCCUCGGCGCGUGAGCGUGCCCGGCCAGUGCUGCGAGCAGUGGCUGUGCGACGACGACGUGAGAAGGCCUCGCCAGACGGCACUGCUGGGCACCAGUGCCUUCGCAGCGGCGGACGCAGGAGAGCCCUGGCACAGGAACUGCAUCACCUACACCAGCCCGUGGAGCCCCUGUUCUACCACCUGUGGCCUGGGCAUUUCCACUCGGAUUUCCAACGUCAAUGCUCGAUGCUGGCCAGAGCAGGAAAGCCGCCUCUGCAACCUGCGGCCGUGUGACGUGGAUAUCCGUCCAUACAUCAAGGCAGGGAAGAAAUGCCUGGCUGUGUACCAGCCAGAGGUACCUAGGAACUUCACUCUGUCUGGAUGUGUCAGCACACGCACCUACCGACCUAAGUACUGUGGGGUCUGCACAGACAACAGGUGCUGCAUCCCCUACAAGUCCAAGACCAUCAAUGUCACUUUCCAGUGCCCAGAGGGAUCUGACUUCUCCCGGCAGGUCCUAUGGAUCAAUGCUUGCUUCUGCAACCUCAGCUGCAGGAAUCCUAAUGACAUCUUUGCUGAUUUAGACUCUUACCCGGACUUCCAAGAGGUUGCCAACUAGGUAGACACAGGGCUCAGGGAAGGGCUCCAUACUUGUGAGCUAGACAGCCUGCUUUGGCCCAGAGCUUCAAAAUUGAGCCUUCAUCUGUCUACUUCCUACCCACUUCCAAUUUCCCUGCUCCUGACCCUCAGCCUGGUCGUGUUUUGGAUCUCAUAAAUAGCCCAGGAGGGCACUGCUCAGGCUCAGAUAAUGGGCCCCUCCUCGACAUUUGCAUCACACCAAAGGAAAUGUAGCCCUGGCUACUCCAGAUAAGACUUAAGCCUGAUCCAGCCUGACAAGUUAUUAGUCAUCCUGAUGGAGCUUGCCCGAAUCCCAUUGAGCAGAAUCAGCCAGAGAGCCAACAUUACAGAUUCCCUCCUCAGAUGCCAAACUGGAGAACUUAUGGAAACAUGGGAAUAAGCUAUUAUUUGAACCCUGCCAAAUGGUGCUCUAAUGGGUACUCCUGUCCACAGCACACCAAAGGAGCUCUGGUUCCACAAGGUCACCAAACAUUUGCUACGUGAGAUGAAUGAUUGCGUGAUUUGGAUUUGCAAUUGAAAGUUGUAUCUAUUUAUCUAGGCAUGACUGAGGGUAAAUUUCUCUUCCAGCUUAUACUAUGAAGGGCCCAAAUUGGCUUUAUCCCAAUCAGACAUACGAUUUGAUAAACUUCAUUUUUUUCUCAUGGAAAAACACCCCUCUGGCUAGGACAAGGUCAGCCAAUAUUACAAGCUGCACCAAAUCUGCUGUUGGCCAAGUUCUGGCCAGCUGACCAACUCUUUUUUACAUUCAUCCUCUCCUCAACCUGGGGCUCAUGGGAAUUGAUGGGCACACUGGGCCUCUCUGUCCCAUGAGUGGUGCCCUGGAACAUUCUUCUGUGCUUGUUGGUCUUGGGAAAUUCCUCUAAAGAAAGCAGGACGAGUAUAUCCAACCAAGAAGUAGAUACCCUUCAUCAGUCUGGGUUGCUUCUGGCUAGGGAUAAUAUGGCCAGAAGGGGCUCAGGACACACCUCUUUCAACUUCAUAUCCUUUGCAACUGCAGAUCAAAAUUAUUCAGUUUUCUGGUCUUAAGACAGAGGUUGACCAGUUGUUCAGAAAUGCAAAUAUAUUUAAAACAGGUUUAAAAGACUAGAGAGGUCAAAUUAAAAGUAAAGGAAGAUUAUAAUAAAUGGUAGUGAGCAAUUAUUUAUUUUAUUAGUACAAUAUCAGACUUUCAUCAUUCUCUCAUUGGGUGUAUUCUCAUGUUCUCAGCAUUCUCCACAUACUUGCUUACUGAAUCUACAUGAUAAUGCUGAGAAGUUCCCAUCAUAAUUUCUGUUCUUAUAAAUGUGAAAUGGAAGCUUAAGACAUCAGGAAACUUGACCAGAGCCACCCAGCAUAGGAUUCAUACUGAAGUUAAACUAACUUCAUGAUCUCUAGUUCACUCCCUUGCCCCUACCUCUGGAACCUUCCAGAUGGUCACAACAGGAAAACAUAUUGAAACCAGCAAUGUCUUCUUCUCAUUUUUGAUUCUUAUAUAGCUCCUUUCCCAAGAGGAGGGAGUGUUUAGGUAUUUAAGUAUCCAAAAUAUAUAGGGUAGAGAAAAAGGCAUCAUUCUUCUGGCUCUUUUCUCCAUGAAGCCAGAAAUGGAUUCUAUUUUCCCCACUUUGCAUAUCAGGUGAUGUAAUGCUCUCACAAGGGAACUGUACUCAUCAUACAGAGGGGAUCUUAAGCAGAAGAAAAGAGGAAUUCAUUUCCUUAUUGUGACCUCCCAAGGCCUCACAAAAGAUCAGGCAAAAAUUCAAGACACGUUUGCUAAAUAAAAUAAAUUACAUACAUUCCUACUUUUCUCCAAAAACUCUUAUUCCAGUUGUGUGAAAAUUUUCAUUUUACCAGUGAAAAAUCCUAUAUUAAGUGUCAUAGGGAGAGUAGUUUAAAAUUUUCAAGACAAACAAGAACAUGCAUGUAAAGGGAAUUCACUCCUGUGACUAAUCUCCCUGUAACUUUGUGUGGAUCAUGUUGGAUUUUCUUAAAGUGGAAACACAUAUCACAACCUCAUAGGAAGCUCUGUAAAUGUCAUGAGCUAUGUUAUUAUGAGAUUUCUACCCCAAUUUGGGGAAUUGGACAUAAUAACCCAGGAAACAGGAAACCUCUUAGGAGGAAUCAGGACAAUCUUGGAAAUAGGAGAGAUGGCCAGAAUGGCUCAAUAGCUAUGGUUUUAAGAAAUGGCCCUGGCCUAUGUCAGGAAAGGGGAGAAUGUCUUUGAGCCAUGAGCUGGAAACCCAGGGAAGAAGAUAUGGACCUAGUAUUGUGGAGCUCUUUCUAACAGAAUCUUCCUGUGACAGUGUGGUCCAAUUCAUGAAAAGAAUGGUAUUCAUUAUAAAAAAAAAAAAAAACACCUGCUCAUCUAUUGAUUAUUUAUUCGGUUCCAAGUACUAUGGUACAUUUUAGACCAUGUUAUCAAUUAUCAAUCCAAUUCUGCAUAUACACCUCUUCCAGAUUUGAUAAGUGAAACUCUGAGACUCAACAGGGCUUAGAAGAUGGGGCUCAAAAUCACUCUUAUUCUUCUUUACCUGGCUGUCAGUGAGGCCUCUAGACAGAACCUGGGUAACUGCUACUGGAGACUCAUGUUGUCAGGGCUUCUAACAGACCACAGGAAGUAGCCCACUGUGCUCAGAGAAGAAGGAAAGGAAUACCAAGGAUGAACUAAUCUUUCUUAAAGAAACUCACCUCAGCCCUGAGAGCAAAUGUCUCCCAUGUGCUUUACCCUGGGAGAGGGAGGGCUAGCGUUCACUAAACCACCAAGUCUUACUAAGCUUUAUGAUUAGCAUUUGGAGAUCCCAGAGCACGUGUCAGGCCUGCUGCCAGACACUUUACUGAUGUGCCUCACUUAGUCCUCCAGUGAGCCUAGGAGCUACAGGGCUAUCAUUGCUCUCUUUCAGAGCUGAGACAGCUGUAUCUUCCUGGAAUUAAGUAAUCUGCUUUGGUUCUUACCAGCCAGGGAACUGCAGACCUUGAUCAUAAACCCAGGGUCAUCGACACCUGAGCCAUCUCUUCUAUAUCUCUCUUCCUGCUAAUCCUGUCCCCAAACCAAAGAUGUGACAUUCAUAGGAGGUGCUUUGUUGGCCAAUGCUGAAAAUUUAAACUUUGAGGUGAUUCAGAGAACAAUCAAAGAAAGUAGUUUCAAAUGAUAUGAUUGUCUGUAAUCUCCUCAUAUGGUACUGCAUAUGCACCAGGAUUGUGAGGAAAUAGUGUAGCCCGUGACUGUUAUGUUGUCUUAUGUCACUGCUUUUGAAAGACUUGUGUUGAUUAAAGGGACUACAAUGAUAGCCCCCCUGCAUAGCAGGGAAUUGGGAAAGGUAACACUUAACUCCGUAUCUCUGCAUAGAUACGUAUGUGUGUGUGUGUGUAUUUGUAUGUAUAUAUUCAUUUUCAAACUGUGAUUGAAUAUGUAAAUAUUUCUACUGCCAUUUUCUAAGUGAAUACAUGAUGCACAUGAAGAAAUAUCUUUGAAUUUCCCAGUAGAAGAAAAAAUAGCCCUUGGGCAAUCUGUCAUGUUUUGCCACAGUCCUCAUUUUUCUCAUAACUUGUGUAGCACAGAAUGUGUUUGCUCGAUGUGACGGGUUUUCAAUGCUCAUGGCUUUUCUCCUUAAAGCAAUAAAUCAUCAGCAAAAGUAA